AUGUCCAAUCUUAAGCAUCAAUUCAAAAUUCUAAGCAUAACUGGGGAGAACUUCAUAACCUGGAACAACAAUUUAAUAGAGUACCUUUCAUGUGAGGGACUUAACAAAACCCUUGAAGGAGACAAUUCUGGAAAAACAACAGAUGACCCAGAAGAAAUGGAAAAGAAAAAGUCAAAAGUGAACAGAAUAAUAAAGAACCAUCUUGACGAUGGAUUGCAAACAGAAUACUCAAAUGCUAAAGAUCCCAAGAUUUUAUGGAACAAAAUUAAAGCAAGAUUUGGACAUCAAAAGAAAGUCCUGUUACCCUCAUUAAUGGAUCAGUGGAACAAGUUACGGUUCCAAGAUUACAAAACUGUCAUUGCAUAUAAUUCUGCUAUGCACCAGAUUAUAGAAAAGCUAGAAUUUUGUGGCAAAACUAUAACUGAAAAAGAAAAGUUGGAAUUUUUUUUCAACUUUCCAUGCAUCUCAGGUAUUAUUGCAACAACAAUAUAG